CAACCUACCCCCAAGCAACAUAUCGAGGCGAAAACUGUACCGAACUGUCAUCCCUAAAAACGAGGCGAAUACAAUUGUUUUCGGUGUCAAAAAAUACGAACGUUUUUGUAUUAUUGUAAAUAUUAGUCAAUAAUAAGCGGUUAAUAUAUAAGCUGUCGUGGUCUAACGCGCAAAGAAGGCAAAAAGAGCUGGAAAAACGUUGACUUUAUAACGAAAAACAGCAACCCAACAUACGUGUGUUUUCACAGGGCAGCGGCCAUUUUGGGCGAACUCAACGUCAGCAGAACGAGCACCAAUUUUGUACAUAUAUUCAACCUAGUUACGACAACUGCCGUCUUGUGUACUACUCCGAAAGCUUUUGCGCCAACAAAACCGAGCUUUUGCAGCAGACGUAAACAAACCCAAAUCCUAAACCAUGGCCGAUGAGGAUAUCACACUGAACGAGGAUCAGCUUCUGGAGUCGUUGGAGGAGACGAACGGCGAGCAAGAGACUGAGAUCACCACAGAGACCGAGGAGGAGGGCAGCAUGCAAAUCGACCCGGAACUAGAGGCCAUCAAGGCUCGCGUCAAGGAGAUGGAGGAGGAGGCCGAGAAGAUAAAGCAGAUGCAGUCGGAGGUGGACAAACAAAUGGCCGGUGGAUCUACCACCGGCUUGGCCACAGUGCCGCUUUCUCUUGAGGAGAAGCAGGAAAUUGACACGCGGUCCGUCUACGUGGGCAAUGUGGACUACGGCGCAUCGGCCGAGGAACUAGAGGCCCACUUCCACGGCUGCGGCACCAUCAACCGAGUAACCAUACUCUGCAAUAAGGCUGACGGGCACCCCAAGGGAUUCGCGUACAUCGAGUUCGGAUCGAAGGAGUUCGUCGAGACGGCUCUGGCCAUGAACGAAACCCUCUUCCGAGGGCGUCAAAUUAAAGUAAUGUCGAAGCGCACAAACCGCCCUGGACUCUCCACCACAAACCGUUUCGCCCGCGGCAGCUUCCGGGGUCGAGGAGCCCGUGUCUCCAGAGCGUGCUGUCACUCCACCUUCCGAGGCGCCCGUCGCGCUAUUAGGGGAUACCGUGGUCGCGCCAAUUACUACGCUCCAUACUGAUUAUUGUUUUAUUAAAUCCCUAGUAAGAUUUUUUUACAAUAUAAUUUCAAAAAACAUUAUUUUAUUGCCAAAAAACUUCUUUGCUAAAUAAAACAAAAAAGAGAAAACAAUCGCAAGAGAAAACGCCAGAAAAAAUAUCGUUUCAAUAAAAAAUGCAUCAGCAGCAAGAAAACAGGCGAAAAGAAGAGACCUCGAAAAUAAUAAAAAAUCAACAUGGGAAACGAAUAUCUUGACUUGGCUAUAAUGUUUUUUGAAGCACCCAACACCAAACACCCCUUUUUCACACAUUUUAAUUUUCAAAUAAAAAAUCAAAAAAAAAAGAUUACGAAAAACAAGAAGUUGAUUUAGAAAAACAAAAAAUAUAUAUCAAUAAGUAUAUAUAAAAGAAACGCAAAAGAAACCACAAACCGUAAUAAAAGAAGUUAAAAGAUGGCAAAAUCAAGAAAAAGAAGGAAGAAAAUAAUAAAAAAAAUCAAAAGAACACAAGACUCUUGGGAAAGAAGUAAAUCAACAAAAUAGAUAAAAAAGAAAGUUCGUAAUUUAUAUAUUCAAAAAAUAUAUAGAGUAAAGAAAAGAAGUUGAAUUUACUAAACUGAAAAAGAUGAUGACAAAUAUAAUCGAAUUAAACAAGCUAUCAAUGCCUUUCCUUUGGGCGGGACAAGGUUUUUGGGAUUGAGGAUGCGAUGUCAAGCUGUUCCUGCGGAUCCACCAGCCCCUCUUCCAGCCCUGAGAAAUAAUGUGAAUGCAUGCGAGUCAGCUAAUAAAAAGAACACUUAAUUCAA